UCGUUCCCCUCGGUUGCCGAUUUCUGAAUGAAGAGGGAGUUUUGCAGAGAACCUUUCUUUGUUGGUUUGUGGACCGAUUAGGGUUCUUCGUGAGCCACUUUUGAAGCUGUCGUGAUUUUCUUUUGCUGCGAUUGGCGGGGCUGCCGAGCGAUGGUGUAGCGUGAGAAUCCCUUUUCGGAAGAUAGCGCGGUUGAUUUGGUUUCGUAUUCCUCGUAGGCACGAUCAUGCUGCUUCGAUGUGCCCGCCAAUUGGCUGGCAUCGCGCCUGAGGGGAGUUUCUCGGGGCUGCUGCGAGGGUACAGGCAGAUCUCCACCGGCCCUGGGUGCUUUCAGAAGAGGGGAGGACUAGGUGACGAGAACAAGGAUGGUGAGGGUGAUCCCGACGGGAAACCUGCCAGAGGAAAGCGGGAGAUUAUUAGUGACGAAGAGAUCGCUCAAACACCGUUCAUAUACAACUUUUCUGGUGUAGAGCCCGAUUAUAAAGCGUGUCGCUUGUCGGAGCCUGUGAAGGAGAGAAUAUGGAGGUCUUUCCACGAUAAUCCGGAGCCUGUGACAAUUGACAGGCUAGCUAAAGAGUAUCGCAUACGUAAGCAGCGUGUGCAUGCUAUUAUAUGGCUGAAGGACAUUGAAAAGCAGGAAGAAGCAGCUCAAGGGAGUCCCCUGGAUACAGACAUUGAAGAAUACUUCGCGAGAAUUGAUGGAACCUACGAAGCUGCUGAUGGGGAGCGCCACGUCAAAAUUAGACGCACCAGCCCAACAAUAAAGAAUUCGGCUGCAGAAGAUGGUGAGGGUCCAGAUUGGGACGAGCUGUCGGCAAAAGAAGACGAGAUGAUGCUGCAUGAAUUCGAGCGACGAAUGUCUUUCAACAAAAAGCAGAUAGCCGGGAUGAUAAAGACGGACAUUGUAAGUAGACGAAGGCCACCUGGUGGAUGGAGUUAUCUCGUGGAAGAGUUGGGUGAGAAGGGAAAAAGAGGUAAAAGGGGUGGGAAGCGCUUCGUUGCGGAACCUGAUGGAAGUCGACGAGGACUGAAUGAACUUGAGAAAGAGUUCCUGAAGAGGGAGAGCCUCAUACCUAGAAGAAAGAUGACGGCAAGGUAGUUGCAUCACUUGGUAGUUCAAUACUUGCAUGUGGCUGCGUUAUUUCUGACAUCUUCGAUAACCUAGGAAAUGACAACCCUAAAAGUCCUCAUAUCCAAAAGAAAUUGUGGCUACUUAAUGGCCACCAUGCCCCCUUCUAGACCUUGAAAUUGAUAGGAUGUACACAGUGGUGAUAGAUUUCUGGACGUCCGAGUGACUUCACAUUUGCUUUAGUUUGACGUUUUUAGGAACAUGAACCUGGAAACGAGGCAAUGUGAAGUAUUCUCAGGUCUGGUAGUUUAUAUUCCAUAUUGCAACAUGGGCCUCAAGGAUAGAAGAAUAACAUUACAUCAUUGUUCGGCUACAUUUUUUGCACUAUCCAUCAGUGAUCGCUCUUUUUGUUUGGGUUUUCGAUGGACGGAUGGGAAAGCACUUGAUAGCCAUAAUAAAAAAACAACUAUGAACACUA